CCCUAUUUUUUUCUUCCAUUUUCAUCCCUCCUUUGAAAAAUCUUCCAUCCUCCAUUAAUGGCGUCCUCCCAAGAAAAUCAAAUUACCUUCAGAACCCGAAUCCUCAAUAGACAUCUCAACCCAAACCCAAUCCUUUCUCAUCAUCUUCUCUCAAAUUCUAUCUCUUUCAAACCAUGUAUCGCAUACUCUUCUCCCGAUCUCACCGAACCUUCUCCCAUUUUCGAUACCAAAGAAAUGCGAUCCAUCUUAGACUCCCACAAUAUCGGUGAUCGUGAUUGGCUAUUUAACUUGAUGAUUCAAAGCAAUUUAUUCAACCCUAGUUUUCGUGGCGAUCGGAUUUUUGUCGCCCCUGAUUAUAAUCAUUCAAUGGAGCAGCAAAGAGAGAUUACUGUGAAAAGAAUUGAGUAUUUGCGUGAUCGUGGAGUUUUUAAACGUUGGCUUACUGGUGAUUCCGAAGAAGAUGAACUUCGUAAGAUGGCGUUGAAUGAAGUUUUAGCUAUCUACGAUCAUUCCCUUGUGAUUAAGCUUGGUGUCCAUUUCUUCCUCUGGGGUGGUGCAGUCCAGUUUUUUGGUACAAAACAUCAUCAUGACAAAUGGCUGAAAGUUACCGAGGAUUAUGGCAUGAAGGGUUGCUUUGCUAUGACUGAGCUGGGGCAUGGAAGUAAUGUCAGAGGAAUUGAAACAGUCACCACUUAUGAUCCAAAUACCGAAGAGUUUAUCAUCAACACUCCUUGUGAAUCUGCUCAGAAAUACUGGAUCGGAGGAGCAGCUAAACAUGCAACGCACACUGUUGUUUUCUCACAACUCAAAAUUAAUGGAAACGACGAAGGAGUUCAUGCAUUUACUGUACAAAUCAGGGAUGAUGAUGGAAACAUCUGUCCAAAUAUACGCAUUGCUGAUUGUGGUCAUAAGAUUGGCCUGAAUGGUGUCGACAAUGGUCGUAUCUGGUUUGACAAUGUCCGCAUCCCUCGAGAGAAUUUAUUGAAUUCAGUUGCUGAUGUUUCCCCUGAUGGCCAAUAUCUUAGUGCUAUAAAAGAUCCUGUUCAGAGGUUUGCUGUGUUUCUUGCUCCGUUGACAUCAGGUCGUGUCAAUAUUGCAGUCAGUUCUAUUUACAUAGCAAAGAUUGGUUUAGCAACUGCAAUAAGGUACUCUUUAUCAAGACGAGCCUUUUCCUUGGCACCAAGUGAACCUGAAGUAUUAUUGCUCGACUAUCCAAGUCACCAACGCCGGCUUUUGCCUCUUCUUGCCAAGACAUAUGCAAUGAGUUUUGCUGGAAACUAUUUAAAAUCGAUUUAUGUGAAACGGUCACCUGAAACAAAUAAGAUUAUCCAUGUUGUUUCAAGUGCCCUAAAGGCUACUUUAACUUGGCAUAACAUGCGGACUCUUCAGGAGUGUCGUGAAGCCUGUGGGGGACAAGGUCUAAAGACUGAAAAUCGUGUAGGUCACUUGAAAGGCGAAUACGAUGUGCAACUAACUUUUGAAGGGGACAAUAAUGUUCUCAUGCAGCAGGUGAGUAAGGCAUUGUUUGGAGAAUAUCUGGCUAGUAAGAAACAAAAUAGACCGUUCAAAGGAUUGUGGUUGGAGCACAUGAAUGGCCCUAGCCCAGUCAUCCCCGCUCAACUUACAAGCUCUGUUCUCAGAAGCAGCCACAUGCAGACUGAUAUUUUCCGCCUGAGGGAGAGAGAUCUAUUAAAUCGUUUUGUAGCAGAAGUUUCAGCACAUCAAAAGCAAGGACGACAUAAAGAAUAUGCCUUUACUCUGGCUUAUCAGCUUGCGGAAGAUUUAGGCAGAGCUUUUGCAGACAAGUUGAUUUUGCUUACUUCCAUUGAGGCUGAAGCUAGUGUUCCUGCUGGGCCUUUGAAGGAUGUGUUAGCUUUGUUGCGAACAUUGUAUGCUUUAAUAGUAUUGGAAGAUGUUUCAUUCCUCCGCUAUGGUUACUUGUCUGUUGAGAAUGCUGCUGCGGUUAGACAAGAAGUGAUCAGGCUUUGCAGUGAACUGCGUCCCCAUGCAUUGGCGUUGGUGAGUUCUUUUGGCAUUCCGGAUGCAUUUCUCAGCCCUAUAGCAUUUGAUUGGAUUGACGCUAAUUCGUGGUCUUCUGUUCAACAAUGAUUCAACAACUCGAGAAUUCAAGAACCCAGCAUAGUAGAUUAACUUGUAAAAAUAUAUCUCUUUAAAUAAAGUGUUGUGCUAAAUGAACCCCCAAAAAAAAACGAUACAUACACCAACAUAAGGUCGACCUCCGCCUAUGGGCUAUGGAGACAUUGGUUGAGAAAGUCGACCUUUGUUGGGCUAACGUUUACGACCAACAAAGAAUGCAGAUUGUUGUCAAGAUGUAUUCGUGUAAAAUAAUUUGUAUUAAUGUUAUAACGGAUCUCAAUUAAACAUAAUAAGAGAUUGUCCUAGUUCUUUGAAUGUUCGUCAAUGUAUAUUAUUUAUUGAAUUAUGUUCCAUUGGCUAUGAUUUUCCGCUGUAAGUAAUACCUUUCACAUUAUAUUUUAUCAUUAUGUACUUUUUU